AUGGGUUACACCACUCUAUGGAAGCGGCUGUCGCCUCGUCAGCUCAAUGUCGCCAUUCAGAUUUUUUCGCUGGUCUCCAUCUUCUUCGAGGGGUAUGAUCAGGGUGUGAUGGGAGGCGUGAACAGCGCGCCCACCUAUGUGACGGAGGUCGGCAUUGGCAAGGCAGAUGGCACAGUGACAGACACCACCCAUCAGGGUGGAAUUGUCAGUGUUUAUUACCUGGGUGCGAUCUUCGGUUGCUUUGCCGGCGGAUGGCUUGCAGAUCGCGUUGGUCGGAUCAACGGUUUGCUGGCAGGGUCUCUGUUCGCCCUGGUUGGUGGCGCGCUGCAAGCGGCAGCGCAAAAUUCCAAUUUCAUGCUCUGUGCUCGUGUGCUCACCGGUAUUGGUACCGGAGCUUUAACGGGAAUCACCCCAGUGCUAGUGUCGGAGACCUCCUCUGCAAAUCACCGCGGCGGGUUUUUGGGUUAUGUGUUCAUCGCAAAUUAUCUAGGAAUCGCCGUCGCGUAUUGGAUCUCCUUCGGCCUCGCUUUCGUGAAUAAUGGAUACUCGGACGUGCGAUGGCGGUUUUUGUUAGCGUUCCAGUGCUUCCCGGCCCUCAUCUUGGUGGCCUUCAUCAAGAUGUUGCCGGACAGCCCCCGCUAUUUGGCGUCGGUGGGGCGCAAUGAGGAAGCCCGCGACCUUUUGAAUCGAAUUCGGAAACAUCGCGUUUCGCAGGAUGAAAUCGACCGGGAAUACCUCGAGAUCAUCGCCACGGCCCAAGGUAGCAAGCCUAGCUCGCCCCUGGAAUUUGUGAAGAUUUUGGUUGGUAAGGGCGGCAAGCCAGGUUUAAAUCUGGGCCGACGGGCAUGGCUCUGCGUUUGGCUGCAGAUUAUGGCGUCGUGGACGGGUAUCACGGCCGUCACUGCCUACUCCCCCACCCUGCUCGCCCAAGCCGGAUACAGCGACAUCAAGCAAAACGGUCUGGCCGGAGGAAUUAAUACGAUCGGAAUCAUCGGUACUAUCAUCAGCGCUCAGAUCAUCGAUCGCCUGGGUCGACGUGUUUGUUUGAUGGGCGGUGCGGCGGUGUUGUUUGCGGUCAACCUGAUUGCUGGCGCCGUCUACGAGGGCUCUCGCAAAAACCCGGAGAAAGCGGCUCAGUAUGCUCCUGGUGCCGUGCUGAUGCUAUUUUUGUUUAACUUGGGAUACGCUGCCACUUGGGGUACUGUCGCCUUCCUUGUCCCCACUGAGAUCUUCCCCAGUGAUCUGCGAGCCCAGGGCAAUGGGUUUGGCAUCACUGGGUGGGCCAUUGGUGUGGGUAUGACCACCUUGGUGAACCCUAUCAUGUUCAAUGUCAUGGAGAGUCGCACCUACUUCCUCUUUGCCGGACUGAACCUCAUCUGGGUUCCCAUCGUCUAUCUCUUCUACCCCGAAACCCGAAACCGCUCCCUCGAGUCCAUCGACGCCCUGUUCUCCGUCUCCAGUCCGUUCUACUGGAAGAUGGAGCAAGCCUACAGGGAACAUGGCGACGUCCUCGCCGAGCACGGAAUCGACCAGGAACAAGCUCUUCGCGAGGUCAAGACCUCCACUUCCACCGCCGUCACCGAUGUUUAG